AUGCCGGGGGUUGGGCCCCAGCUGGCGCGCCAUUGGGCGCUGCGCCUGCCGCCGGGCUUAUCGGGCUCCCCGCGGCACUCCCGGCACAUCCUCAUGCCGGGGGUCGGGCCCAAGCUGGCGCAGCAGCUGGCCCUGCACAAUUUCGACGCGGACGUCCUGGCCUCGACGUCCCGUGACACCGAAGCCGCCAAGGCCCGCACCAUCGACGCGAUCUUCGACAUGUGGGGCCUGACGUACCCCCCGCUCACGGUCGCAUCAGUCCGGGCCCUGGGGGCAUCAUCUUUGAAGCUGGGCGGGCACCGAUCUGCGAGAUCACAUCUGGCACUAGCCAGGAAGCGCCAUGAGCAAGGAGACCAUCCGGUCUCGCCGGCACUGGCGCAAGCGCUCAAGGACGCACGCCGGUCCUGCGAGAGGGGCCUCGGCCCGGCACGGAAAGUUGAAGGCUUGCCGCUGGGGCAGCUGGACCGGCUCCCGCGAGGGAGCGAGGCGUGGGCCCCCAGGGGUCCGCUGGCGCCGUUCCGCAUGCUGGUCGCCGGCUGCUGGUGGCUCACCAGAGAAAUUGAAAUCAGCACAGCGCCAGCGGCAAUGGUCACCUUCAGGAUGACCCCAUCAGGCCUCCAGGCCUCUUGGUUACUUCCCGCUUCCAAGGCGGACCCAUCGGCUUUGGGCCAGGAGCGCACGCAUGGAUGUUCUGGCGCUUUCGCGAACGUAUGCCCAGCGCACGCCCUGUGGGCCCAGCGCGCCACGCUGCGUGCACUUUUUCCUGACCGCCACGACGAAGCAGGCAUGCCGAACCUCGACCUUCCGUUGUUUCCGUCGGCGCAGGGCACCGCGGUCUCCAAGGAGGCCGUGGUCGCGACCAUCCAGGAAGCCGCGCGCCGCUUGGGCUUGCCUGCAACUUCGGCGGACGGGUGGCCGUUGUGGUCAGGGCACAGCCUGCGCGCUGGGGGUGCACAGUCUCUCGCGCAGGCAGGGUUGGAUAUCUGGAUUAUUCAGCUCCUGGGGCGCUGGGGCUCUUCGGUCGUGCUGGAGUACGCGCGGCAGGCCCCCCUGCUGGCAUCGCAGACGUGGGCUGCGAGGGCAUCGGUCACGGCUCGUCCGCUGGCGGGCGAGGUGAUGACGUCUCCGCAGCUCGUCGCGCUACGAGCUGCCCGGCAGGCCCUGCGGCGCCGCCGGACACGCGCCCGCCCCUCGGGCGAGAGUGCGCCGUCUGCCGCGGCUGGGCGCGACGCCCCUGGUGGCUCGCAGGCAGCUCCCCCCGUGGACUCGGACGCCGUGGACGCUGCACUCGAGCCCCUCCGGGAGCGGCUGGGCGCCUUGGAAGUUGCGGUUCCGGCAGUGCGGUUGGAGCUGUCUGAGGUGCGCGGGGCACUCGAACUCGAGCAGGUUGAGCAGGAUAUGGAGGAGACUUCCCCGUUGGAAGGCGUUGUGCUCCUGCAGAACACCGCGAAGAGCCACGUCGGCAUCGAUGGCUUCGUCGUGCACGCGGUCCUGGCGGCCGAAUCUGGGCCACCAGAAGCGCGCACUGGGAUCGCGAGAUGCCUCUGGCAGUUCGGCGCCGGCGUGAAUGCGGCCCGGGCCCACGCGAUGCCGGGCAUCUACAAGCAGCUAUGCGAACGUUGUUUUCCAGAGCUGAGGGGCGUACAUAAGAAACGAGCAGCCCUGCGGGCGAAGGCUAUUCGCCGUCACGGUGGUGAGAUGGGGGCUCAGAGUUCUCGCACCCCGUGA